CUGUAAUAUAAGACGGGAAGAUGAGAGAAGUGGACUGAUUUCCUCCACUAUGGAUAGGAAUAUCUACGAUCAGUUUGGGGAGGCCAUUGACAGAAGGCUUGGAGGAGUGAGGGCUGAAGCCCAGCGAAGAGCGGCAGCUGGGCCGCCACCCCCUGCCAUGUUCAGGCUAUGGCAGGAAAAAGAGGAACCACCGAUUGGGGUAGAGGAAGGGGGGAGCGAUGAGGAAAUAGCUCAAGGGCAACGAGGAGGAAGUAAGACGGAAGAGCCCAUAAUCAUCGAGUCAGAUGACGAGGAUGAGAAGGAAAGAAUGAAGCCUCCGUCCGUCUUAUUUGGGAAGAUGGAGGACUUGCUGGAUAAGAUGGGGAGGUACCAACAGAAGUUGGUGGGCCUCUGUGAGGAAGUGAAGGGAAGGAGGUCUAACAUCCCUAAAGUGUUCCUCUAUGACUCCGGCCCGGAGUCGGCGCCUGGGCGACCCGGAGUAAAUGUGGUGGGAUCGUGCCGACAGGCGGGAAUGAGGGGGAGACCCCUCACUCCGCAGGCCCGGCUGGCACAGGCAGCAAGAACGAGGAAUCAAGCCAAGGCCAGUGCCAGCCAAGAGCCUCCGAGGAGGGAACCCCAACCAGGGAGAAGGAAAGAGAUUGUGGAAGUAGAGGACGAUGAUGAUGAAGAGAAAGAGGACGAGAGGCUGCGCAGAGAAGAGGAUCAGAGAACGGAGCAGCGGGCGAGGAAAAAGGGAACCAGGGGAGAGGCCGAGCCAGUCAUACGUGACGGACCACCCAAAAAKAAGAAAUACGUGGUUCGGUUGGAAGAGGGAUUUGACGUAGAGAGAGUAAUUGAYAGGCUGCUGGAAGGGCAUAAUGACCUCAUKACCCUGAAGGAAAUCCUAGCGUCAGCCCCGCGACUCCGCRAUGAACUGAAGGGGAGAUUGUYGCGGCGCCUGRUACCCAAUGUCCAUCUGGGUACGAUCCUGCCCAAGGAGGCUGAGUGGGCAGAGYCGGGGACGAAAAUGGACUGGAAGUGUGUAGCCUGCGGCACGGUGGAUUUGGUGGUGAAGGGCUCCAAGUGUGCGGUAAUGGUGGACACCGGGGCCGAAAUGAACAUCAUUUGGGAGGCGGACACAAUCAGAUUCGGGCUGGAUAUAGACCGUUCUGACUGCGGUAUUCUGCACGGAGCCAGCUGCAAGGCCGUUUUUUGUGGGACAACCUCGAAUGUACUCAUCGAGGUUGGAAAGGUGAAGGUCCGGGCUUGCUUCUUCAUCAUGCCGGACAUGGAUCACGGAAUCCUCCUGGGGAGGUCAUUCCUAAGCAGGACGGAGACCGUGAUAUUCAACAAACAUGACGGGACUCUAAUCCUUCUCUUAUGCGAUCCUGCCUGCGGGAAUUACAAAAUAAUUACCUGUAGGAACACCGGGCCAAGGAGUAUAAGGAACCGGCCCAAUCCAGGAUCGUUCACGAUCGAGGAAUCGGAAGGAGAGCGCCGGAGGCUCCAGGCAGAGCCCGAAGCAGGAGAGAGGGUGAAAGCAUUCUCCCUCAGCCUGUCAGAUAUUGGGAAGGCCAUGGACUUGGUGGCCGUGCAUGAGAUGGCAGAUCUGGAUGCCAUCCAGGCUUUGAGGGAGCAAGUUCUGGAAUGCCCCGAGGCAGGAAGGUUGGAAUUGGUAUAUCAGCUCCUAGGCAGCGGAGGGAACCCCGCAUCAGCGCAAACGCAAUCUGUGAGUCGGCCUGUUUUAGGGGACGGCUCAAGCAGGGUUCCCAAAGGCGGGAAUGUGGACGAAGUGCCCAAGAGCCAGGAUGACGAGUUCGAGGAAGGGGAGAUUAAGGAGACUUUUCGUGCAGAGGAGUACGACGGGAUCUACCUAGAGCUGGGGCUUCUUCUGUCAUGUGAAAUGCGGCUAAGAGAUGCAAGCGAUAGGGCUCAGAGGAUGCUGCAGCGCUAUUUAGUGCGAGACGGCCACCUUUUCGUAAGAAGAGAGGUGAGAAAUCCCAGGAGAGUCGUCUGCGGUAGGAAUCGUCAGAUCGACGUUAUAGCAGCGUUGCACGAUGGCAUUGCGGGAGGGCAUCGAGGGGUACAAGCUACGUAUGCCAAGAUAAGUGAGCUGUACUACUGGGAUGAAAUGAUGAAGAUGGUCGGGAAAUUCUGCCGAUCUUGCGUACCUUGCCAGGAGAGAUCCCGUUUAAGGCAAGGAGAGCCGUUGCAUCCAAGGCUAAAGCGAGAGGUGGGGGCUGUAGUGCAUCUCGACCUACUUUUUAUGCCGCUUGGGGAUCAAGGCUAUAAUUAUAUCUUCGAUGCGCGCGAUAACCUGUCUGGUUUCGUAGACGGGCGUGCUAUUCGCACCAAGACCAGGUCUGACUUUACGAAGACAGCCACGCCAAGAGGAGGGAAGGGGACACGACCGCCUCAGAGGCCGUUGGGCGCAUCAGGAGGAUUUGAGCAUCAUGGGCCUCGCCAUCGAGAGAGUACUCCGGUCUACAAUGAUGGGGACAUCGAGCUAUUCCUGGACAGUUUCUGGGAGCAUGCGAGGCGUAUGGGCUGGACCGUGGCUCAGGCGAUUGAGAGAUUGAGGGGAGCAGGCAGGUUCGAGGAGCCCAUUGCCAGGAUUCGUAGGGAAGCGACGACAAGGCAGGAGGUAGAGAUGAGGAUGGAGGAGUUGCGACCCUCGCCUGUGGGACCAGAUGGCAGGCUGAUCCGCCUGGAGAUUGGAAAUGCGUCGGACUUCAUCCCCGCAUUUGAGUGGUUCAUGCAGGGGCAGGGCAUACCGAGUGAUGAUUGGAUGCAGACGCUACCACUCUGGACCAGGAAGGCGGAAAGGCCACUGGCUAGCCAAAUCAGAGACAUGGCCCGGGACUGGGAGAGCUGCAGGGCACAUCUGAGAGAGGCCUUUCGACGGCCAGAGCCCCCUCAGCCCAGAGUUGAGAGGCGUCCGAGGAGUCAGAGGCAAAGGGACCCUAAGCCCAGGGAGGCGAGACCGUCUCGAGGAGGACGGAAGGCCCUAGCCAGGAGAGAGGAGGAGCCAGAGCAGGAGUCAGAGGCUGAGGAGCGAGGGGUGUGCCCUGAGUGUAGGUUGGGACCAGUGGAGUUCCAUCGUUUUACUGAGGGUGGAUUGAGGAGAUCGCCAGCACGCACGCAAGAGGAGCCGCCAGCAUCUGAGGGGCCCUUGAGGGAAUUGGAGACGCAUUUGGAUAUCUCUCAGUGGAGAGCGUCGCCUCAGGGCGAGGAGCAUGGAGAGCAGGCAGAGGAGGUGCCACAGCAGGAGGUGCCACAGGAGGAGGUGCCACGGGAGGAGGUCCAGGGUACUCAGCGAGAGAGAGAGCUGGGCGAUGAGGGGAGACGUGCAGGGAAGGAAGUGAUAGAGGUUGGAGAGGACACACCCCCACAGACGCCAGCAGUGGGUUUGAGACUUGGGGAUGCACCAGGGAGCAUCCGACAGGCAGAGGAGAGGUUGCAGAGAGAGGCAGAGGUUGAGGCAACGGGCGAGCUUCCGGAGCAGCAGCAGGAGAGGCAGAGAUCGGAGGCAGCAGGAACACUCCCAGGUCAGCCACCCAGCACGCCAGCUAGGACCCCGGAGAUCCCUGAGAUGUGGAGGGACUUCUGGGAGCAGAGAGGAGAGGAGCUUCCAUCGCCAGUCAGAGCUGGGUUUGGGGUGGCCAGGAAGGCGGAAGAGAGGUUAGAUCGUAAAAUCAAGUUCCUGGCCAAGACCACUUUUGACCGGCACUUGUUAUUGGAGAGCGAUCUGGCAGGGAAAAAAAGGAAGGAAGCAAGCCAUGGAGUACGCCUGGAGGCUAUGGAGAUGGAAAUCCAGGAACUCAGGGCAUUGGUGGCCAGCCAGGCAGCUAUCAUUGAGAGCCUGAGGCAGCAAACCCAGGGAAAGGUGGACAAGCCAAAGAGCAGCAGGCAGGGAGAGCAGAGGCAGCCCGGACAGGGAUUGCCAGGACAACCAUCUGUGGCAGAGCCUCGCCAGGAGCCACCUAUGGGAAGAGUUAUCCUGGAGCCAGAGGAGGCGAGAGCCCAGAGACAAGCAGAGAGAGAGGCGUUCGAGUUUAGAGCCCCUACUGAGCUCGCGACGCUGUCGGUGGCAGCGACAGACCCAGGUGUACCUUUGGCGAUUGAGGAGGGGCUACCGUCAUCUAGCAGUGAGCCGGCUCAGGGGUCAGCAGAGGGAUCCAUGGGCGUACUCCUUGAGGCAGUGCAUACCAUGCAGGAGGAGGUGAGUUUGUUUUCACCCGAGCAGAGGAUAGAAGAGCCGCUUGAGAAAGAGAUGGGGAUUGAGGCGGAGGGUGCCAUCGAGAGCAGGCUCCAGAGGAUGGGCACACCUGAGUAUGGACCAGAGGACAUUGAGGAGCAGCCCACGACAGUGCCAGGAGAGACACUUGAGAGGAGACCUCAGAGGUUGGACAUGCCUGAGUACGUCCCAGCGACAAGGGAUUUGAGAAGCAGACUGGGAUCUUGGGCUACUAGAUCUGGGUCUGGGGGACCGGUUCUUGGGACAGAGCAGCAGGAGGUCGUUAGUACCGCAGCUCCUCGAUCAGAGCAGCAGGAGGUUGUCAGUACCUUGGUAAGAUCUCCUUCAUCGCCACCUCCUCAGCCCAGGGAGAAGAAGUUCAAGAGGAAGGUAGAUCAGCUAUGUUUCUACUGCAAGAGGGACGUGCAUCAUGCUCUGGACUGUCUCGAGUUCCUUGAGGAUAAGGCAGCAGGGAAGGUCUCAGAGGUAGGAGGUAAGAUGUAUGAUAGACAAGGUAGGAUAGUAGAGAAGUCCGCAGAUGGACUUAGGGCUCAGUUAUAUAGGCAAAACCAAGAGGAGUUGAGGAGAUAGUGCCGGUUUGUCUAUGUAGGUGGGCGAGUAUCUUGUGAGGCAUCAGCUUAGGGUCUGUAUGAUACCCUUUUAGACUU